AUGUAUUUUGGUUUUGUGCCACAACUUUCAAAGCUGAGCCUUAUUAAAACUGGCUCCCGUUUGCAAAAGACCCUUGAGUUAAGUCAGUUCCUUGUUAAUGUUCCUUCCAUAAGCGAUCUCCAUCUGGAUUUUAGAAGUGAAAAUAUUUGGGUUAUCUCAGAAAGCCCGGAACUGCUCACCCCUGUGCUCAGCAAACUACAGCUUGUGAAUUUGGAUCAUCUUCCCAAAGGAUGUGAUUUAGCUUGGACAAUGUUUAUUCUUGAAGCUGCGCCCUCCAUAAAAGAGCUGUGCAUUACAGUAUGGGAUCAUUGCUGCAUAAUGUUCACAGGCACAGAGUUCCGGAAGGAAAAUGGUUUGUGCGACAAGGCAGACCUGAAGUGGAAGCCAUAUGCCCCUGGUUUCAAGCACAAGAAUCUGGUGAAGCUCACCACCUAUGGCUUCCAGCCCGACGACAACUUUGUGCGAUACAUCACGUGUCUCGCGGAAGCUGCGGUUAAUAUGGCAGAGAUAUCUCUUUGA